UUUCUCCGCCUUGUCCAUCCCGUGCAGACGAAGCUGCCCGUGCUGCUCCUCGGCCGCUCUGCGGACCUCCGCCCUGGCGAGUUCGUGGUCGCCAUCGGCAGCCCGUUCUCCCUGCAGAACACCGUCACCACGGGGAUCGUCAGCACCACCCAGAGAGGGGGCAAGGAGCUGGGCCUCCGCAAUUCAGACAUGGAUUACAUCCAGACGGACGCCAUUAUUAACUACGGAAACUCGGGAGGGCCAUUGGUCAACCUGGACGGGGAGGUGAUUGGCAUCAACACUCUGAAGGUCACUGCCGGCAUCUCCUUUGCCAUCCCGUCAGACAAGAUCAGACAGUUCCUGGCAGAGUCACAUGACCGGCAGGCCAAAGGGAAAACAUUACCAAAGAAGAAAUACAUCGGCGUCAGAAUGAUGAGUCUCACUCCGUCGCUGGCAAAGGAGCUGAAGGAGAGGCAUUCGGACUUCCCCGACAUCACUUCAGGGGCGUACGUCAUCGAAGUCAUCAGCCGAACACCAGCCGAGGCAGCUGGCCUGAAGGAGAGGGACGUCAUCAUCAGCAUCAACGGGGAUCCUGUCACCUCGGCCACCGAUGUCAGCAACGCCAUAAAGCGGGACGACAAGCUGCGGACGGUGGUGAGGCGGGGAAACGAGGACGUCAUCCUGACCAUCAUCCCAGAGGAGAUUGACCCUUGACCUCUCAGCUAAAGAGAGCAGCCAAUCAGCGUGAGAGCUGAAGCAGUCAACCAAUCGCGAGUCGGCUCUCAGAGCUUCUCGACCAAUCAUGAACACUUUGAAUGAAACGAGCAUCCAAUUGGAGGGUGUGUGUGUGUGAGGCUGCGGCUGUAGAACUUCCCUUUUUCUCUAAAUCCUUCCUCCCACUCUGAGAGGCUCAUUACUCCUCAGGCUGAAGCUUCACGUUAGCUCUUUUACUAAUCUCCAUUUACCUUCCGUCGUCUCUCAUCUUCUAUAGCCUAACACCUGUUGUGCAGAGAGGUUACUGCAGGUCACCGUAGUUCACCAUUUACUGUAUAUUCAUGUUCAUGAGGGAAUAUUUUGUUAAAGUGUUUUCUCUUUGUGUUUGAUGACAAUGUUGUCAAAAAGGAGAAUAAAAUUAUUU